CUCUCUCUCUCUCUCUCUCUCUCGCCUCAACCUCACCAUGGCAACCAAGACCGAGGCUAUGCAUGAGAGCAUUCUCGCCGUCACCCACAAGCUCAAGAAGACGGUUCCACUCUGGGAGAACUUCCUCAAAGCCUCCCAAAAGUACCACUCGUCGCUGGUGGCCGCCUCGUCGGCAGCGCAGGAGUUCCUGCACCAGUUCUCGUUUCUGGCACGCGAGGCGUGUGAGGCCCGUGGAUCGACCGCGGAUCUGGGCCAGGGACUGACCGAGGUGGUCGAGGCGCACGAGCUGGCCGAGAUCAAGCGCGGCGCGGUGAUCGACUCGUUGUUCAACGACGUCAUUGCGCCGCUUGCCGAGUCGGUGCAAACGUACAAGGACCGGGCUGUGGCGCUGGAGAAGGAGUACAAGUCACGGAACAAGGCCGAGGAAAAGAACGUGGCGCAGGCCGAGAAGACGUCAGCCAAGGUGUCCAAGGCGACGAUGAAAAAGUCCAAGAAGACGACGACUGACCACCUGAUGCAGGCGCUGCAAGGCGUGACCGACUCGGUCACUGCUCGUGAUGACAUGCGCGCUGAUUGCCUGCGCAAGGCGCUGGUUGAGGAGCGCCGCCGCUUCUGCUUCCUCCUCAUGCACUACUCGACGCUCACAAAGUGCGAGGUCGAAGCUCACGAGGCAUCGGCCGUCAAGCUCAAGGAGCGCCUCGGCCACUGGAUCAAUCUCUCGCUCUCGCCCGACGACCUGCCGGAGGCCACCGCCAACAUUGUUGACAAGGUUGAGCGGACGUACGUCGCCAUCCAGGAGGACCGCUCUGCCGCUGACGCCGCCUUUGUCGGCGGUGGCGGCGGCGGCAGCGUCGCGUACGAGACCAAUGACUACGGCUACGGCGGUGGUGGCGGUGGCGGCGGCGGCGGCUACGCCACCACCGGCGCCCGCCCGCCGUCGCUCUCCAUGGCCCCGCCACCCCCUGUCCGCCGCGCCUCGAACGCCGACACUCAGGCUGUCCGCUACAUGGUGCUGUACGACUUUAACGAUGGGGACGCCGAGUCACUCCCGCUCCGCGAGGGUGACGUCAUCACCUCGCUCAACGAGUUUGACGACGGCUGGGUCAAGGGCCGCGACUCUUCCGGCCGCGAGGGCUGGUUCCCCGAGUCGUACAACAAGAACAAGAACAAGAAGAAGGGCGGCGCCGGCGGUGGUGGUGGCCGUGGCGCUCUCCUCUCCUCUAUUCACAAGGGCGCCAAGCUCAAGAAGACCGUCACCAACGACCGGUCGGCACCCAAGGUCUAA